AUGUCGAGCCGUGUUUCCAAGCGUACUAAUCGUCCCAAGGUGGCUGCUGAACGCCGUGAAGAUAUUUCCAACUUGAUUCACAAAUUCGGUUUCGAGAUGCCCCGUUGUUCGGCGUGUUUUCGUGCGGAGCGUCCUCAUUGCGUUGUUUCUGAGGGAAAGCAGCGCUGCGAUUUCUGUGUGUCCAAAAAGUACUUUAACUGUGACUUCGGCGGUGUGUCGUCUCAAUCUUUUGCGCGAGUAUCUCGUGAAAAGGAUCGUAUUGAUGAGCAAAAGGAGCAGGCGGAGGCAGAUCUUCAGGAUGCCUUGGCUCGUCUCCAGAGGUUACGUUGUCAGGAAAAACAUUUGCGUGAGAAAGCUGCCGAGAUGGUGCGUCGGGGAUGUGAGGAUUUGGAUGAAUUGGAGGCCUCAGAGGCGCAGGAAUCCUCCGAUCGUCAGGCGGCUGAGUCUUCUGCUUUGAAUGACAUCCAGUUGCUUGAGGGUAAUGAUGUUAUUGACUGGAGUUCCGUUCCCGAUUCUUUCUUCCUUGGGGCUGGUGGAAGUUCUUCAGGAGUCGUUGAGCAUUAA